AUUGGUUUUCAGUGUGUACAAGGGCAUGGACUUGUUAAUUCUGUGUAGAACACGGAAAGGGAAGUUGAUGAACUAACUGCACCGCUACAGAAGGUAGACCGGAGCUCGUGAGGCACCGUAUGGUCAGGAUGACCAGACGUGUCUGGGGACUCCGUUGCGAAUGAGGCGGCCAGAAGAGCUGGAGCGCUGGGAGAGGAGGGAUGCUCCCGCCGGCCCAGGUCCUCCGUCACCACCUCCCUUUGGGCCAGCGGAGACCCUGCCCAUAUUCGUGUUCCCCACGGAGCUGGUGUUCUACGCUGGUCAACGGAGCACCCACAGGAGGGUUUUGACAUUCUACAAUCCGUACAACUUUCCAUUGCGCUUCAAAAUCCUAUGCACAACCCCAGCAUUGUACACCGUGGUGGAGGCAGAGGGCAGUGUUAGACCCCGCUCCUGUGUCGACAUAGUGGUGCGGCACCAGGAUGUGCGCUCGGCGCACGUGGGCCGCAGGGACCACUUUCGCCUGAAGGUGUGGGGAGGCGGACGCGGGGGGUGCCGAGACGUGUGGGCCGAGCUGCAGGACGGCCCGGAGCCCCUGCAGGAGAAAGGAGGGGGAGGGGGAGGGGGAGGGGGAGGGGGAGGGGGCGGGGGGCGCAUCGUACCCCAAACACAGCUGCCCCCGCCACCGUCGCUGCCACCACAGUUUGCCCGGGCUGCUGCCGUGUCGCCAGGGUUCUAUUCCCCCAAGAGAGGUGCUGGUAACUUCUCGCAGUUCAUCAUGUAUUUGGUCAUUGGGCUGGUUUGUGUCGUUGUCCUGAUGCUCCCCCUGCAACAUGAGCCCAGCCCUAUGGUUCCUACGCAUGCUCAUGUGACAGUCAUGCAGAAACUUGUAUGUGCCUAUGUUUUAGGUUUACUCACAAUGGUGUUCCUACGGUAACACCCAGAAGAUGCCAGUUCAGUUCUAGCCAGUUCAAAGUUGGGAGAAAGCAGAACAGAUGUGUUAAGAAAGGACCAAUCACAACAAGGAUAUGUCAAGAGAGGACCAAUCACAACAAGGAUAUGUCAAGAGAGGACCAAUGACAACAAGGAUAUGUCAAGAGAGGACCAAACGUUUUCCCAUUGAAGAAACGGAUAUUAAAAGCUUACGCAAUGGAGUGUAUAUUUUAGCUUGUGUAUAAUACUUGUAUAUGAAAUCAUUAUAAAUACAGUGUAUGACGCAGAAUAUUCUUUUAUAUUAUGUAGAGGUGGUGAUUGGAAAAAAUAAACUGAACAUGG